AUGUACCAUGAAUGGGAAGACUCGAUAUUACUUGAUCCAAAAGGUCCAUACAAUAAAGAUUUACCAAAAUAUAAAAGAGCUGAAGCUCCGUUGGCUUGUGAAUUUAAGCAAUUAUCUAAAUUGGAACAGGAUGUUAUAAUGAAUCCGUACGCAGCAAUAAUAGCUUCUCCUAUAAGGCGUUGCUUCUAUCACGAACGAUGGUUUCCGAAUGCAUAUGAUGAGAAAACGAAAUCCACGUGGUUAGUUCCAGAUUUUGAAGAAUACGGUGGUAUUAAACGACCUGGGAAAGGAAAAUGGUUGAAACUUAAUUCUACUGCAAUACAAAAAGCUACAAAAGAAGGGAAAUAUAAAUAUAUUGAUCCUCGUGCAUUCUGGAGACCGGAUAUGCACAACCAUGUUUGGAAUAUUUUAGUAAUGCGAGCUACAGAUAGGUUACAAAGGUUUUUUAAUUCUGUGGCUACAAAAUCAUUUCCAGCAAAACGAGAUCAAGUUUUAUUACGUGUUCUUCCUGGUGCCUCAUCAAAAUUAAUAUCAAAUAAUGAUACAAAUAACAAUAUAAUAAUGAGUAAUGAUAAUGAUUCAAUUCCUUUUUCAUAUAAGAUUAAAGAUGUGAGUUUAAAUGAUAAAGAUAAUGAGGAUGGUAAUCAAAGAUUUUAUAUAGAUAAUGAAAAUCCGAUAAAUGGAUUACAAUGUGUGUUCAUUCUUGAUCAUCCAAAACAUGAUGAAAUUUUAUGCAAUAAUUCUGAACUAAAAAAUAAUAAUGACAACAGUAUAAAAAACUUAUCAAUAUCAUCAGAGGAAAAACAACAAUAUCAAGAAACAUAUUUGCAAAUACCACAAAAACCAUUUGGAACAAUACAUCCUGUGACUUUCCUUGGAAAAAACAAUAAAAUGUUUACACAAAAUGUACCAUUUUAUAAUGUUCAAUAUAUUUGGGGUAGCAGAGGUGUUGGAAGAUUUAAAGGUUUUUUGAAAAUUCCUAAAUAUGAAAAUCCAAUGUUGGGAAUGAUAACUCAUAGACACACUAAACAAUUGGCUAUUUCUUUGUGGAAGUUAAGGGGAUUUGUCAUAUAA